AUGCGAGAGCUCAUAACCAACAUCUACCGCCGACUGGGAUCGUCGACCGCUGGAAAUGAAUUCGAAAGGUAUUUUUUUCGGAUCUCCACUUGAAAUUAUCGAAAAAAAGCUUCGCACUAGCUUGUCAAGAGUCAAGAAGCAAAAGCAGCAAUGUUCUUUUUUCACAUACUUUUUGGCUAUUUUUUUUUGUGGACUGCAAUUUUUUUGAAUUUCUGACAAAAUGCGAAAUAAUCGAGUCCAUCAACUUUGUUGAUUCAGCGCCGGCAUGGCUGAUUGCCCUCGCCGUCCUGAUGUGCCACGUCUUUCCUUCCGCAGUUGCAGCAAACGGUGAUUUUCUUUUUCACUUCGUUUUCUUAGCGUAUAGUUGAUUCACGGAAGGCUUGAGCCAUCGAAAAAGGGUUCUGUCACAAAGAAAAAAGAGUGCCUGAUUGGUGGAAAACGCAGGGGUCUUCACGUCCCAAGCUAGUCCUGAAUCGGCUAUACUGUAUAGUUGUUCAGUUCUUAUGAAUUUUUGGUUUCAGGUGGCUGCUGCGCUCUCCCGAUUCUGGCUAGAGAAAAGUCGACCGUUAUCCCGCAGCCUUGUGAGAAAGCGGGCUGCACAGAAGAGAUGAUUUACGCCGCGAAGCCUGAUAAAUCAUCCGAAAUAUUCGCGUUCCUGACAAAUCUCAAAUCAGCCGCCACCCUUCACUUAGAAGAUUUUUCGUCUAUGGUGUCGAUGUCUGGAAUUGAAAAGCUCCAUCACAAACGGAAAGGUUCUUAUAUCCCCUAUAGGGUUUUGCUAGCUGUCUGAAAUCGCGUCUUAGGGCCCGCGAUAAUAUUGAACAAUGUGAAAACAGACGAUAGGUCCUUUAUGAAUCUGAAAAGGAUCGACUUCGCUGAACCGCAAGAGUUCUGCUCGCCCGGCAGUGUUUUCAAAGUCGUUGGAACACCGGAUCCAACCGUUCUCGCCAAGUUGACGGCGCUCGAAAAGCAGGUGAGAGGCUUUUCAAAUACUGUUCUCCAGAUUUUGAUUCAGGCGAUAAAAGAGUGUGAAGAACUCAAAGGGAAACAUGUUCCGAACGAGAAUAAUCAAAGCUGUCCAAUUUGCAACUCAAACUGUCCGAAUGAGAAUAUUCAAAACUCUAAUAGCUACAGCUCAGCUGGUGCCAGAGGGCAAGCUAAAAACGAGGAAUCUGAAGGCUGUAGGCUCCAUAGUCCUUAUUCAUGACUCGAUUUUUUUUCAGUCAUGUCGAGAAAGUUGUCAUUGAUGUUGCUCGGGGUCGAGAGCGUGAUCAUAAUAGUCCUGAUCAUCGCAGUCAUCGCCUUGUUUUUGCUCAGCCAAGUGAAAAAUAUUUAUUUUUUCUCUUUCUUUUUAAUCAAUCACUUCAAAACUUCUAAUAAUGCGUUGCAGGAAAGAUAUGAAAAAUUACGGAAAGAAAUGCAGGGAUCGUAAAAGGCAACAGAUCCAUCAAGGCACCCCGAGAAGUCUUCAAAAUUCCCUCAGCCUCUAGCGAAAAGCUAUCCUUUUUUUUUUUCGAAAAGUCGGUAUUUCGACAUGACUAUCAAUAAACUUUUGAUCCCAGCCUCUUUGUACUGUUUUUCCCUAAAAGAAAACCUGUUUUAUUGAAUUCUACUUCUUUAAUUUUUCAAGACUUCCAAAAAAUACUUAUCCAGAGCAAAGAAAAAAAAUUAAGUUGCAAAUUGGACAGCAGUGAUUAUUCUCGUUCGGAACACUUUUCCUUUUGAGCUCUUCACACUCUUUUAUCGCCUGAAUCAAAACCUGGAGAACAGUAUCUGGAAAUGACCUUAUCAUUUUCAUCAGAGGGGGAAUCUAGAGAAUCUGUAGGUAGAUUGAAAGAAGAUAAAAAAUGGAAAAAACUUGUUAGAACUCGAUAAUCCAUGUUCUGGACCAACUGAGCGCCGUACUGUUCCCACAUGGAGACGCAGCUGAACGUCGGAAUUCUCUAAAGUCUUCCAAUACUGAAGGACGUGACGAUCUACCCGUCGUUCUUGGUCGACGCCAGUUUCGCAAACCGCCAAAAAAGUCUUCCAUUAUUCCAUGAUUCAGGAGGGGAUCUUCUUUGAAGGCAACUUGCAAAAUUAUCUCUGACUCUCCAAAAAGUAGUUAUCAUUUUCACUAUCUGACGGCUCUUCUGAAUUUCGCGGAAUCACUUCUAACACGUCAUUAUUUUCAUAAAAAGGAGAAAUAAACUCACGUUCAAUGAAACUAACGUGAUUUGACACGAAUGCGAGAGCUCAUAUCCAAAAUCUACCGCCGACUGGGAUCGUCGACCGCUGGAAAUGAAUUCGAAAGGUAUUUUUUCGGAUCUCCACUUGAAAUUAUCGAAAAAAGCUUCGCACUAGCUUGUCAAGAGUCAAGAAGCAAAAGCAGCAACGUUCUUUUCUCACAUAAUUUUUGGCUAUUCUUUUUUUAUUGAACUGCAAAGAUUUUGAAUUUGUGACAAAAUGAGAAAUAGUCCAUCAACUUGCUUGAUUCAGCGCCGGCAUGGCUGAUUGCCCUCACCGUCCUGAUGUGCCACGACUUUCCUUCGGCAGUUGCAGCAAAUAGUGAUUUUCUCAUUCACUUCGUUUUCUUAGCGUAUAUUUGAUUCACGGAAGGCUUGAGCCAUCGAAAAAGGGUUCUGACACGAAGAAAAAAGAGUGCCUGAUUGGUGGAAAACGCAGACGCGUCUUCAUGUCUCAAGCUAGCCCUGAAUCGGCUAAAUUGAAUAGUUGUUCAGUUCUUAUGAAUUUUUGGUUUCAGGUGGCUGCUGCGCUCUCCCGAUUCUGGCUAGAGAAAAGUCGACCGUUAUCCCGCAGCCUUGUGAGAAAGCGGGCUGCACAGAAGAGAUGAUUUACGCCGCGAAGCCUGAUAAAUCAUCCGAAAUAUUCGCGUUCCUGACAAAUCUCAAAUCAGCCGCCACCCUUCACUUAGAAGAUUUUUUUCGUCUAUGGUGUCGAUGUCUGGAAUUGAAAAAGCUCCAUCACAAACGGAAAGGUUCUUAUAUCCCCUAUAGGGUUUUGCUAGCUGUCUGAAAUCGCGUCUUAGGGCCCGCGAUAAUAUUGAACAAUGUGAAAACAGACGAUAGGUCCUUUAUGAAUCUGAAAAGGAUCGACUUCGCUGAACCGCAAGAGUUCUGCUCGCCCGGCAGUGUUUUCAAAGUCGUUGGGACACCGGAUCCAACCGUUCUCGCCAAGUUGACGGAGCUCGAACAGCAGGUGAGAGGCUUUCUCCGCUGCUAUUAUCCAGAUUUUGAUUCAGGCGAUAAAAGAGUGUCAAGCAGUGAAAGGACAAAAUCCGAAUGGGAAUGGUAACAACUGCCCAGGAAACAACACAGCUGGUGCCAUGGAGAGUAGCGAUGAGUCUAAAUGCUGUAGGCUCUAAAAUCAUUCUUCAUGAAAUGAUUUUAUUUAGUCAUGUCGAAGACGACGUCUUUAGCCUUGGUCGGCUUCGAGAGCGUCCUCAUUGUAAUCCUUAUCAUCGCAGUCAUCGCCGUGUUUUUGCUGGGAAAGGUAAAAAAAGAUUUUUUAUCUCUCAAUUGACCACUUCAAAAGUUGAAAUCUACCAGUGCAUUGCAGAACAAAAAAAACACGCCUGUGAAGUCUAGCUCGAAGGGAAAGAAGAAAAAAAGCUCUGAAGGUAGAGUGGAGAGCCGUAAAGUGAGGCUGACGUGACGAGUUUCAGAGGGCUCCAAAAGCAAAGUAUCGAUUCCGUCGAAUUUGAAGUCGGUCUCGGAAGAGGAUAUCAAGAAGAACGGUGCAAAGGGACAAGUCGAGGAGCAGGGUCCAUAA